AUGUUAACUACAUCGACGCUAUUCGACGAGUACUUUACACAUAAUAUUAUUACAGCAUUAGGCGAAGCAGUAUUCACUGGUUGGAUCAUACCAGAAACUGACAGCGCAAAUGGUUCGGGAAAUAUUACGCUAUAUGAAAAUCAACCUGUAGGGGCCACAGACAUUAAGUUCAAAGUUAAAGAAGACCAAGACUCCGUAGGGUACAAGAUGGAAACAUUAACUGACGAUUUCUCUGUAUGGUCUAGAGGUAGACUGAUUCUGAAGACACCUUUAGACUACGAAGUUAUGAAAACCUAUGUUUUGGAGAUUAGCGCAACGACAAAUUCCAGCGAAAAUGGUUCUCCAGGGAGUUCCGCAACAGCCACCGUCACAGUGAACAUUAUUGACGUAAAUAAUCCACCGGCCUUUAAAUCCUCCUCCUACGGAAUCUGUGUUGCGGAUGGGUUGGAUUCAGGAACGGAUGUGAUUCAAGCGGAGGCCACUGGAGACUCUUCUCUGAUGUCAUAUUCGAUAGCAAAUGGUGAUGAUAACGGAUAUUUCGUUAUAGGCAACACGACCGGUAUGAUCACUGUAGCUCCAAACAAAACCCUGGAUGCGUCUGUAACGAGAGGCUACGCUCUUCAGAUCAAAGUCAAGGACGAAGGUGAAGAUGAGUCACCGUAUGACGUCACAGCAACAACCUCAGUGUUUAUUGUCCUAGCGGAUAUGAAAUGUAGCAUAGCAAACACAAUUAAUAUCGGUGUUAUGACUGUCCUUCUGACGCAAAUACUUAACUUUCUGUUUUGAUGAACGCGUAUUACAUCAAACGCCUUUUUACCCUAUUUGAUAUUCAAAUGUAUAUGUGGAGUACUGAGUGCUCGGAAUCAACUGCGUUGUUAUCAGUUUCUUAAAUCCAGACUCCAUUUUUCUAUUCAACCAUUGAACAUUUUAGUGUUAUUUUCAAUAAAUGAUUUAUAGGACUUCACCUUUGGUUCAGUAACUGAAAACUCUCUACAUGAUAUGUUAUAAAAUAUAUUAUAGCAACUUUGAACUAUCUAUGCAGUGUUAAAUUAAGCAGCAGACAUCGUGCAUCUGAAUGCCUUCAGCCUCAUCUCUGCUAGAUUAAGAGAUGAGUACAUAAGUCAUUAUCCAUGUAUCUCGAAAAUAGCAUAAACAGAACAUUUGUAACAUGUAACAUCGCGCAGUUAACCUUACCACUGUUCCUGGUUUCUGUAACAAUACAAACCUUUUAUCCGCAAGUCACUUCCAACUUCCCCACAUGAACCAGAGGUGAAACACUAAUGAUCUGGAAUACAAUGUUUCCUUUUAUCAAAUCUUCACAAAGAAAAUACGCCCGGACCGGGGAUCGAACUCUUGAUCCCCGAAACGUAGAAAUGCCCUCUCUCCAAUUUGGCGGAAACCUCAAAAGUAUUUUUCAUCUAGUGAACGCUAUAUGUAUAAGUUCACGAGUGGCUUUCAUGUAAGAACACAUUUUUUUUUUUUAAUUUUAAUAGCUGUCUUUACAAUUGUUAACUAAAUCGUACCAUUUAUAACGCGCACGUCAUGCGUUUACGCCUCAGGCAAAGUAAAUUUGUUUGUAAAUAGUUUUGUACUGGUAAAGUUUUUAAACCGAUUUUUCUUGGUUUCUUUUACAGUUUUAUACCUUGGACGUAAAUCUUUAAGUUCUUGUAUUGGUGUAUGAAUAUAAGUGUACUUUUAAGUCGUAUUUUUACACCAUUUUUAGACAAACAACGACAUUAUUUCAUUAUCCUUAUUCUUCAAGAACAAUAUAU